ACUGAAGGCUUCUCGUAGAGGAACGAAGGCUGGAACCUGCAAGCCGAAAAAAGCCGCCAUAAUGCUUCAAACUUGCAGUUACAGAGAAGUUAGCCGGGAGAAUCUGCACAGACCAUAUAAUUUACAGGCUGUUUCUUCGACAUGUAAGCUUCAAACCUUUAACCCUUGGUUCAAUUUGAUUUCUGUUCAAAGGUUUUAUGGAAAACCUGAUAAAUUCCCCAAUAGGGUUUAUCUGGGUUUCAACUUCAAGCUUCAAAUUCGUUCAAAAACUGAGUGUUCAACCACGAGUACUGUUAGUACCAUCAGAAAUACUGUAGGUAAUUACAGUUCUAAUCAUAAGAAGAAUAAGAAGAGAUAUGGAGGUCUACUGCCUUCGAUUUUAAAGUCUUUGGAUUCGGAUUCCGAAGACGAUGUUGAUAAAACCCUGAAUUUAUACUACGGGAAACUAAAUCCUAAAGAACAGACGGUGAUUCUCAAAGAACAAAGGAGCUGGGAAAGGGUUAUUAGAGUUUUCGAGUGGAUGAAAUCACAGCCGGAGUAUUCACCUAAUGUGAUUCACUACAACGUUGUUCUUCGUGCCCUAGGUCGUGCCAGGAAAUGGGAUGAAUUAAGACGUUGCUGGAUUGACAUGGCUGAUAAGGGUGUUUUCCCAACUAAUAACACAUAUGGAAUGCUCGUUGAUGUGUAUGGAAAAGCAGGUCUUGUGAAAGAAGCUCUUUUAUGGAUUAAACACAUGAAGCUUAGAGGCAUCUUUCCCGAUGAAGUCACCAUGAACACAGUGGUUCGAGUAUUGAAAGAUGGAGGUGAGUAUGAUCGAGCAGAUCGAUUUUACAAAGAUUGGUGUGUUGGUAUUGUUGAGUUAAAUGAUUUGGAAUUUGAUUCAUGUUCAGAACCCAUUAGUUUGACUCAGUUCUUGUUGACCGAGCUUUUUAGAACUGGUGGGAGAGAUCAUACAAAGAGUAUGAUUACAGAAAACUCUGUUCAAAAGCCUCGUUUAACAGCCACUUACAACACUUUGAUUGAUUUAUAUGGGAAAGCAGGGAGAUUAAAAGAUGCAGGCGAUGUGUUCGCUGAAAUGCUUCAGUCAGGAAUCGCUAUGGAUACAAUCACUUUCAACACAAUGAUCUUUACUUGUGGGAGUCAUGGGAAUUUAUCAGAAGCUGAAUCUUUGUUGUAUAAAAUGGAAGAAAGAGGAAUAUCUCCCGAUACAAAAACAUACAACAUCUUUUUAUCUCUAUAUGCUGCCAUGGGAGACAUAGAUGAAGCUCUUAAAUGCUACAGAAAGAUCCGUGAAGUGGGUCUUUUUCCAGAUGUUGUAACUCAUAGAGCUGUUCUUCAAAUUCUAUGUGAAAGAAGAAUGACCGAUGAAGUCGAAAAUGUAAUUAAAGAAAUCGAAAAAUCCGGUUUAUAUAUCGAUAACCACUCUGUUCCAAUUCUCAUUAAAAUGUAUGUGGAAGAAGGGUUAAUCGAUUGUGCAAAGUUUAUAUUUGAAAAGUGUCAUAAAAAAGGCGGAUUAUCUUCUAAAACUUAUGCUGCAAUUAUAGACGCGUAUGCUGAAAAGGGACUUUGGACAGAAGCUGAAUAUGUUUUUAAUUGUGAACGCGAUUUAAUCGAUAUAAUCGAGUAUAAUGUCAUGAUUAAAGCAUAUGGAAUCGCGAAAUUACACGAUCGAGCUUUUUCAUUAUUUAAAGGGAUGAAAAGUCAAGGGAUUUGGCCCGAUGAGUGCACUUACAACUCCUUGAUUCAAAUGUUUGCCGGGGGCGAUUUGGUAAAUGAAGCACACAAUCUUUUACACGAAAUGCAAGAAUCCGGUUUUAAACCCUCGUGUUUGACUUUUUCCGGGAUCAUUUCAUGUUAUUCUCGUUUAACCAUGGUUAACGAAUUAGACGAGAUUUACCAUGAAAUGGUUAAAUCUGGGGUUAAACCGAAUGAAAUUGUAUUCGGUUCUUUAAUAAACGGAUUUGCAGAAACCGGGAAUCUCGAAGACGCGCUUCGGUAUUACAAAAUCAUGCAAGAAUCCGGUUUUUCACCAAAUCAAGUAAUUUUAACUUCUUUAAUCAAAGCGUAUAGUAAAACCGGAAUUGUGGAAGGAGCAAGAACAAUUUACAAGAAAAUGAAGGAAUUACCGGGUGGGCCCGAUGUGGUGGCAUCGAAUAGCAUGAUCAAUCUUUAUGCUGAUUUUGGCAUGGUAUCAGAAGCCAUUUUGAUAUUCGAUGAUUUGAAAAAAACACAUAAAGCAGACGCGGUUUCUUUUUCUACCAUGAUUUAUGUUUACAAAAACAUGGGUAUGCUUGACGAAGCUAUUGAAGUUGUAGAAAACAUGAAAGAUUCCGGUUUGUUAACCGAUUGUGCUUCGUUCAAUAAAGCCAUGGCAUGUUACGCCACCACCGGCCGCCUCCUCGAGUGCGGUGAAAUGUUGCGGGAGAUGGUGGUGACACGGAAGCUCCUCCCAACUGCCGGAACUUUUAAGGUGUUGUUCACGGUGUUGAAGAAAGGCGGUAUUCCGGCGGAAGGGGUGGAGCAGCUCGAGGCGGCUUACCGGGAAGGGAAGCGGUAUUCCGGUGAGGCGGUGGUGGCGUUGGUCUUUUCGGUGGUUGGUUUGAGUUUGAGCUCUUUAUCGUUGGAGUUUUUUGAAAGCUUUGAGAUGGGAUUGGAUGUUUUUGUGUAUAAUGUUGGGAUUUAUGUUUAUGGGGGUUUGGGGAGGGUUGAUGAGGCAUUGAAGGUGUUUAUGAAGAUGCAAGAUGAAGGUUUGGGGGCUGAUGUUGUUACUUAUAUAUAUUUGGUGGGUUGUUAUGGGAAAGCGGGGAUGGUUGAAGGGGUGAAACGGGUUUAUAGUAAGUUAAAAUAUGGGGAGAUUGAUCCGAAUGAGUCUUUGUUUAAAGCGGUUAUUGAAGCUUAUAAAGUUGUGAACAGGCAUGAUCUUGCUGAAUUGGUUGACCAGGAAAUGAGGUUGACUUUUCAGACUGAAUCAUUGCCGGAUUCUGGGAGUGAAGAUGAAGUAGGGGAAGCUUCUGUAAGUUUAUCUGUGUGAACAAAAUGAGAAUUUGGUAUGUAUUCAUAUAAACGAUAUGUAUAUACCUUUUGUUGUGUUAUUCAAUGUUUAGACCAAUUUAGUUGAUUAAAAAAAAUUAUAGAUAACAUAAAUAUCUUUGAGAGUUUGAAUCC